UGUCAAAGUCGAUACCAUACCACGAUGUAUGCACAUGAAACACUACCUACCUGCAGGACCUCAAGCACCGCUUCAAUUUUCGCCAAGCAAUCAGAGGGACUCCAAUCCGAAUAAAUAAGGACUUGGAUUUAAUUAUUUUGCUCAUCUGACUUUUAAAAGGUGCGGAUAUAAAUCAUGGAGCACUAAAAUGGUGAGGAAGAAAAAGGUGUUGGUGUUCAAAAUUUGUGGAAGCAUGAUGUGGGAUGGACAGAAAAAGUGCAACCUCUACUAUGGCCUCUAAUGACCCCAAUCUUCUUGACCCCCUUGGAACCCCCCAGCCUGGUGACCUCAUUGAGAUCUUCAGACCGGCCUAUCAGCACUGGGCUCUGUACCUGGGAGAUGGUUAUAUCAUCAACUUGACACCUGUUGAUGAGAGUCAGGCAGUGGCCAUCUCCAGUGUGAAGUCUGUUUUCAGUCGGAAGGCAGUGGUCCGAAUGCAGCUUCUAAAGGAAGUGGUUGGAGAUGACUCGUACCGGGUCAACAACAAAUACGACGACAACCACACUCCAUUGCCCGUCGAUGACAUAAUUCAGCGAUCUCAAGUCCUCAUUGGCCAGGAGGUGUCUUAUGACCUGUUGGGCAGUAACUGCGAGCACUUUGUCACCUUGCUGCGCUACGGGGAGGGGGUAUCUGAGCAGGCCACAAGGGCCAUCAGUUUGGUGACGGCUGCAGCAAGUGCCUUCUCUGUUCUUGGACUGAUCAACACACGCUCCAGAAACAGACCCUUCUGAAGCCCCUCAACAAUAGCAGCAUUGUCCUGUGCUACUACUGUUCUGGGAAACAAUAUUAUUUUGGUUAAGAGGAUAGAUGGAUACUCAUCUUUACCAACUGUCAUAAAACAUGGCUGCAAUGGCCUAUUGUAUCAUCAUUUGUAUUGAAGGCCAAGCAGACAAAGUACUGUAUACAGUAGAGAUGUUGCCAACAUUAAAAUGUAUGCAGUGUCUUGCUGGAAAUACACAUUUGGAGAUGUUCAAAGGAUUGGUUGGGUGAAAAUAAAAUUAAAAUGAAAUAUAAAAUGUAACAA